CGGAGUUCUGAGGCAGGUGCAGGCGGUCUCCUUUUACAGUAACACUAUACAGCGAGUGUACAAAACAUUAAGAACACCUUCCUAGUAUUGAGUUGCCCUCAGAACAGCCUCAAUUCGUCGGGUCAUGGACUCUACAAGGUGUCGAAAGCGUUCCACGGGGAUGCUGGUCCAUGUUGACUCUACAAGGUGUCUAAAGCGUUCCACAGGGAUGCUGGUCCAUGUUGACUCUACAAGGUGUAGAAAGCGUUCCACAGGGAUGCUGGCCCAUGUUGACUCUACAAGGUGUCGAAAGCGUUCCACAGGGAUGCUGGCCCAUGUUGACUCUACAAGGUGUCUAAAGCGUUCCACAGGGAUGCUGGUCCAUGUUGACUCUACAAGGUGUAGAAAGCGUUCCACAGGGAUGCUGGCCCAUGUUGACUCUACAAGGUGUAGAAAGCGUUCCACAGGGAUGCUGGCCCAUGUUGACUCUACAAGGUGUAGAAAGCGUUCCACAGGGAUGCUGGCCCAUGUUGACUCUACAAGGUGUCUAAAGCGUUCCACAGGGAUGCUGGUCCAUGUUGACUCUACAAGGUGUAGAAAGCGUUCCACAGGGAUGCUGGUCCAUGUUGACUCUACAAGGUGUAGAAAGCGUUCCACAGGGAUGCUGGUCCAUGUUGACUCUACAAGGUGUAGAAAGCGUUCCACAGGGAUGCUGGCCCAUGUUGACUCUACAAGGUGUAGAAAGCGUUCCACAGGGAUGCUGGUCCAUGUUGACUCUACAAGGUGUAGAAAGCGUUCCACAGGGAUGCUGGUCCAUGUUGACUCUACAAGGUGUAGAAAGCGUUCCACAGGGAUGCUGGCCCAUGUUGACUCUACAAGGUGUCGAAAGCGUUCCACGGGGAUGCUGGCCCAUGUUGACUCUCAUCCAUGCCUCAAGUGUCUCAAGGCUUAAAAUGUUUACUUUAACCCGUCUCCUCCCCUUCAUCUACAUGUCUCCUCCCAUUCAUCUACAUGUCUCCUCCCCUUC